AGAACAUUGGGGUCCCAGUGUCACAGUCCCUUCUAUGAUGUAGUCCUUGUCCCUGGUUGCUCUCAUCCAGGAUCUCUGUCCUCAGCCAAUGACAUCAGCCUUGAUGCUCCCACUCUGGUCCAAGCCAAAGUCAAGAUGAUAGCAUAAAAAGCUCCUCCUUCUGGAGACCCCCCUCCCCCUGCACCCCCCCACCCACCUGUCCUUCCCUCCUCAAGGCCAAUAGCACAAAGGGGGGGCAAUGGGGCAGUGGGGGUGGCUCCUAACCAUGGUCACCUGACAUGGUGUUUCUCCUAGGGAGAAUGGAGAACUACGAGAAAAUCCUCAGGAUUGGCCAGGGUGGAAGCGCUGAGGUUUUUCUGAUGAGGAACACGAGGACAACACAGCUGUUUGCCGUGAAGAAGGUCAAGAUGAACCCAAGUAAGAGGCUGCAGAGCAAGGAAGCGGUGUUGCAGGAAGUGGCCAUCCUGAGUACCCUGCAGCAUCCCCACGUGGUGGCAUGCCAUGACCAUUUCUUUGAUGUCGAGCAGCAGCACAUCUUCAUAGUCCAAGACUACUGUGAUGGUGGGGCCCUGGAUGAGUACAUCCGGCUGAAGAAAGAGGGCUACUUCCCAGAGGCCACCAUCAUGGAGUGGUUUGUGCAGCUGACCAUGGCGGUCCAGUACAUCCAUUCAUUGAAAAUCCUGCAUCGAGACAUCAAGGCCUCUAACGUGUUCCUCACAAGGAUGCAGCUACUGAAACUGGGGGACUUCGGCAUCUCCAAGGUGAUGGAUAGCACAAUAGACAUGGCAAGCACCUUUGUGGGCACACCUUAUUACCUGAGCCCUGAGCUCUGCACAGACGUUCCCUACAGUUCUAAAGCCGAUGUCUGGGCAUUGGGCUGUGUUCUUUUUGAGCUGUGUGCCCUGAAGCCUCCCUUUACUGGCUUCAGUUUGGGCAGCUUAUUUAAUAAGAUAGUGAAAGAGGAUUAUGCUCCUGUCCCGGAGUGUUACUCAGAACCUCUGCACUGCUUGGUCCGAGUUAUCCUACAAAAGAACCCAGAGGAGAGGCCCAGUGCUGGUGCCAUCCUCAACAUCCCGUAUGUUCAGGAGCACCUCAGACUCUUCCUUCUCCAACAAGAAAUCCAGCUCCUGAACAAACCGCAUCUGGAAGCAUCACAUGAUGGAGACAGUAGUGGGCUUGGCCCACAUGGACUUCACCAGACGGGGCCACUGGGCUAUGCAGGUGACACAGACUCAAUUGUAGUAUCUGGCCCAGUUCGUUCUCACCAGCAGAACAUUGAACACCAUGACCCAGAUGAUGUCUCUAGCACCCCAAGCUGUAGUUCCGAUUACUCAGAAGACUUUGAAAACACAAGCACUUCCUCAAUCAGCAGCAGUUCAGAUGAGGAGGCUAUCAAGACCACAGGAACACCCACUGAGACUGGCUCUGAGGAUGACUGGGAGUCAACCAAUUAUCCCGAGGACUUUGAGGACUCGGACGAAGGCCUGGAGGAAGCAGAGAAUGGCCUUCUGUGCAGCCUGCAGGAGGCCAAGGCCUCCUCCCCUCUGAAAAAGCCACAGCCAUACGGAGGUGAGGACACCAGCUGUGGAAGUGAGGAAAACAGCUUUCUGUGCAAAGGCUUCCAACCUGAAACUGAGCACCAAUGGGACUCUGCACACCUGGAAACUUGUUACCUGCUCCAAAGCCUGGACCUGGAAAACACCUAGAGGAAUGGAGCAUGGAGGAAUGCAAGUUGGGGCAUCCCGUGGGUAGUCUAUUGUGCUCUAGCAACAGGAGCUGGUUACAAAAGGUAACUGUUUUGCUGCUGUGGAAAGAGCUGUGCAACUCACCCUCAUUUCUCAGGAGCAAACUUCCCCUCUCAGAGGCUCUCAGGCACAGUGAUGGGAUCAUCUGACCACCACCACCCCAGACGCGCUGCUGCAAGGGCCAGUGACUCACACAGGACCCAACACAGCAUCUCCCUCCCAGUUUGCAUGACAGAAAUAUUGAAAGUCAACUCUGGAGUGUGUGGUUCUCACUCCCACACAAUACACCUCAUUUCUACAAUAUAUCCUUCACUCAAGGUGACUCUGAUCUGUCAACGGCCGCCAACAAUCACACUGCUUCAUUCCAACCAGUGGUUUCCAGCAAUCAACCCGAUUCCUUUGCCUAGCUCCCACAUCUUUGGCAUCUUAUAUGCCCCCAGAUCACUGCCUCUUUCCAGAAGAAACCCCAAAGUGAUACUCCCUCACAUGCUAUGUCUCCAAUCCUUUCAUCAAUAAAAUUUGGACACUUUUAA